AUGUUGCUUGAUACUUUACAUCAUAAAAAACUAUUAAACGAAGCUUGGAUCAUUCGCAGAGUCGAAAACAAGGCAUAUUACAUCAAGUACAUCUUUGAGGAAAACGAGUAUAUAAUUCUCACCACUGAUUUAUGCUUGGUAUGGUUUGAACAUGGAGACUAUAAGCGUAUUCAGCAGAAUGCCAAGGUGCAGAAUAUAGACAUUGAGUCAAAGAGAGAAGCGGCCGCAGUGCUGGCUCGAUUGAAGCAGCUUUUUCUCGAGAGCCUUUCACGUUGCAGUAUCCAGAAAGAAGCUGGCAAACUCAAAUUGCACUGCAAGUCUACCGUCAGCCAAAUCCAAAAUAGAAUAAAUACCCUAUCUUGGAUAUUCAAUUGCGAACUGCUCGAUCAGGAGACCUCAAAUAAUGAUGCGCUGAGUGGACCGCAAGUGAUAUACGACCAUUUUAUUCAACCGAGUCAAGCCAUUGUGAAUCACUUCACCGAGAAUAUGUCAGGUACACUCUAA